UGUCAGUCACCCUCACCACUUCGUCAAAUGUACGCCAGUGUAAAAUAUUUUUAAUGGAAGGGUGGUCGGAUAGUUGCAUGCCGUACAAAAAAGAAACGCAAACAAAUUAAAGAACAAAAAAUUCCUUUGUCUUUUUCAAAAAAGAAAACUACAAUUAAUUUUAUCAAUUCUGAAGUUAUUUAGGCUUAAAUUUUCACCAAUAAAAUAUAGCCUCUAAAAAUGAGGAACAAGUGAAAGUGAAGCCAAUAAAAUACUCAAUUUGAAACACACAAAAAAAAGCAAUGGAAAAGGAAAAAGACCGAGUUGAAAUUAAAUUAAAUAGCCCAAAUAAUUCAUAUUUUACCGGGCAAGAAAUAAGCGGACAAAUAUGCUUUUUCCUUACCAAGAAAACAAAAAUUCGUGCAAUAAAUCUGCAAGUUAUCGCCAAGGGAAAAUGCAAAUGGAUGGAAAUGUACCACAAAGACAUUUACGGCAAUGUCAACUCACGGCAACUCUUUUACACUGGCAAACAGAUUUAUCUGAAUGAUACUGUCAAUGUUCCAUAUGUCCCGGCGCGUGGCAUUGAACUUGCCCCCGGUGAACUAUCAAUGGACUUUACAUAUUUACUUUCCCAAGAUUUGCCCUCCUCAUUCAAGGGAUCCUAUGGUUCCAUAAAAUAUAAACUCAAAGUUGUCAUCCAAAAGCCAUGGACAUUCGACGAGAAGUACACGAUUCCUCUGACAAUCGUUAGGAACGUGGCAGUCUCGAUAUUAGACGAAAUCUAUGAAGAUAUAACAUAUCGCUUCCGACCGGACAUAUGUCAGACGACGACUCGAAAUGUUAGUAUCUUUGGGAGUGGGCCGAUAUCACUGAUAGCUAAGAUUCCUAGAAAUAAUGUCAUCCGAAAUGAGAAAUUGAAUCUCCACGUGACAGUGGACAAUCGCAGUAGUAUCCAUGUGGAUAAACUGCGAUUUACCAUGGUCCAAAAAGUCUCCUAUCACAGUAUGAAGCCAAUGUUUCAUAUUAAAACCGAGGAAGUGACCAUAUUCACUAAAGAAACAGGUGGUGUGGAGAAGAAAACCGAACGAUCAUUUGCCCAUGAUCUUUCGAUUCCUUCCUGUCCCCCGACACACAAUGCUAACAUCAUUAAUAUUGCAUACGUCCUCAAUGUGGAAGCCAUAUUGCCAGCUUUCUAUAAAAAUCUUUCGGUGUCAUUUAAAAUAACUGUCUAUUCGAGAAAUCGAGAUGCUGCAAUUGGAAAUCCAUUAGAGGAGGGCGAUGUACCUCUGGGAGUUGGCAUUUUCCCAGUUAACAAUCGUAUAAGUUCGUUUAUAAGCACAAAUAGCCCAACGCACUCACAGUCAUUGAAUGAGAGUGAAAGUAGCUCAUUGUAUUCAACUACCUCGGAGUCAUCAGUGACAACGCUUAGUCCAGCGACAAGACCGUCGAUAGAUUGUGAGAAUUUGAGUCGAGAAUCGAUGAGAAAUAUAUGCCGAAGAUCGAUGGGGUAUAUACAUCCGAGUACAACUGCCAGCCGACAAUCAAGAGAUCUUCCACCCGAAGCAUAUCCAAUGCUAGCCGAAUCAGUGCAUGAGAGUUAUGAUCCACCAGCGAUGAAUAGUUCAUAUCCACCACCAAAUACACCUGCAUUGCCGCUCUAUCUACAAUCAUCUGUUAAUUUUCAAGUUCAAGCUAGAUAUCCUGUGAAUGAAUUACCACCAUCAUAUGAUGAACUAUUUCCUAGAGCACGCUCAAAGUCACCUACAGCGCCAUCUCCGGAGACUCCAGUUUGAUUAUUAUAAACAAAUCUUUAAAAAAGAAUGCAGGCAAUUCUUUUUCGUAUAUCUUAACAACAAUCAGUCGCGCUAACUGUGUCUCAAUUAAACAAAAAAACAUGUCUCGAAUGAUAAAUUCUUUUGGUUCCAUGACACUAAAUGCACAAGUACAUUAUACAUAAUAACAAUAACAAAUCCACAAGUCCACCAAAAUCCAUGCCACCAAUAUUUAUCUCACCACAUAAAAAAAAAAAACAAAUUAUUGACAAACGUGAGGACUAUUCUCACUCACUACUAGCGAGUCCUUGACGGAAUUUAAAUUCUACAACCAAUGAAUAUUUAAGAUUUAAAUGCGUUCGUUUAAUUUAUUGUAGAGUUUUGUAGAUGUUUUCAACAACAACAAUAUUAACAGAAAGUUGUUGAUGCUUCUUACAUUGAACUUUCUAUUGAAUUUCAAUUGACUUUCUUUUUUUUUGUUUUAAGUUUUAUAUUUAUUUUGCGUCCAAAAACAAAAAAAGAUUUACUAAAAAACGUUAUUUGUUAGC